UCAGCAGACAGACAGCAGUGGGCUGUAGACGCCUGUGGAGGUGUCACUUCACACCUCCUGGUGUAUAAAAUCCUCCUCCGACUCAGACUCUCCAGCCUACACUCGUCCCUCUGAAAGCAAGAAGGAUGGAUGUUUCCUCUCCUCUCUUCAGCUACAGCUCUCUCAGCUCUGAUUCAGAGAUCUACAAUGUCUCAUCUCCCGAAUCAUCUAGCGAAGGAAGGCCAAAGCCGAGGAGGACGCGCUGCAAGAACCCGAGCAAGCAGAGGAGGAACGCCAGCGAGAAAGAAAAGCUGCGAAUGAGGGAUCUGACCAAAGCGCUCCACUAUUUAAGGACAUUUCUUCCACCUUUCGUGGCUCCAGCCGGACAAACGCUCACCAAAAUCGAGACGCUGAGACUCGCCAUACGCUACAUCUCCUACCUGUCCUCUCAGCUCGACCUCGAGAUGUCCUACUGCCAGAACAAAGAGCUCAGAUCUCCUCAACACAGCUCGACUUCCCAUUCCUGGGAAGCAGGAAACCUUGGAAAUGAAAUGGAAGCCUUCCAUUUCCAGAAGAAUAAACAUCCUCGCAGUGAUUUUUACGAAUCCUGGACUGCAAGAAAUGGAAAUACGUUCCAGGAUGAACAAGAACACAUCACUCCUCCUCACAGUGACCUCAUCUGUGAUCACGGACUCCUCGAACAGCGUCACGUUGCACCCCAAUCAGAAAGCGGAUUUAUCCGAGUGGAAACAGAGCAAAGAGACGGGACUGAAAUGGAAAUUCCCAACUGCGAUGAGCUCUUCAGCUCCAGCUUCGACUCUCUGAUGAAUCCGCAAACAUCCCUGUCACAUCAGGACUACAGUAAAGCUGUGCAGUGUGAGAGUACAGGACGUGACUUCUGGAUCUGAAUCUCCUCAUCAUCUUUACUAUAAAUUACUUUUCCAUGUACAAUAAUUAAUUUAUUCUAAAUUAUCACUUUUGUCUUAUUGUAACAUUUCUAUUUUAAUAAUCUUUUUUGUACAAAAAUUAAUUCAUAAUAUUUAUUUAUUCUAACAUUUUUAAAUACCUGUUUACAUUGUUGUUUAUGGAAAAUAUAUAAAUAUAAACGCAUAUAGUCUGUUUAA